AUGGAUCCUGGGGCUACCACUCCCUCGUCCAGUUGCACCGAGACCAACUGGUUCUUGCAAAUCUUCAACUGUCCGCGAUCUGUCGAAGGUUCCUCACCCACCACCAUCGGGGCGCUGGUCGCCGCGCUGGCCGUUUCGUUCGCAUCCCUCGGUGGCCAGACUCUCAUCUUCACCAUCCUCCGAUUGAAGCUCACCAGAAUCUAUCGACCCAAGUCAUAUCUCGUCCCGGAACGAGAGCGGGUCCCACCUCCACCGGGAGGUAUCAUCGGCUGGAUCUACCCUCUGUGGACCACCUCCAACCUGACCCUCAUCCAAAAAUGUGGUCUCGAUGCAUAUUUCUUCCUCCGCUACCUUCGCAUGCUCUUGAAGAUCUUCUUUCCCAUGGCCAUACUCUGUCUACCUGUACUGCUUCCUAUCAACAACAGUGGUGGGAAUGGCUUGCAAGGACUGGACAAGCUGACCGUGGCAAAUAUCAUUGCUACCAAAGGAGACCGAUUGUGGACACAUCUGGUCUUAGCAAUCAUCUUCAUUGGCUGGCUCUGCUAUGUCGUGUUCAUGGAACUUCGAGGAUACAUCCGCGUCCGACAGGCCUACCUGACAAGCCCGCAGCACAGAAUUCGCGCUUCAGCCACCACCGUGCUUGUUACUGGCAUUCCACGCAAAUGGCUGACGCUCGAGGCGCUCUCGGGUCUGUACGACGUCUUUCCCGGUGGCAUUCGCAACAUCUGGAUCAAUCGAAAUUACGAUGCAUUGGCCGAAAAGGUCAGCGACCGCGAGUCUAUUGCUAAGAGCUUGGAAAACGCGGAGACGAAUUUGAUCAAGAAGUGUCGGGAAAAGCAUGCCGAAGCUGAGAAGAAACGGGCUAAGAAGGAGGGUUACAGGACGAAGAGCAAGGAACAAUUGAAGCAGGACAAGGCAGAUGAGGAUGCUGCAGCAGAACGACUGGCUGAAGGUCAGGGCGUCAGCGCUGGAGCCCAUCACGAGACCCAACAUGGCAUGCAGGAUAUUCUCGACGAGGACGAUCGACAGGAGGAUAAUUACACCAGUCCUGGACACAAACCUCGCGGAUUUGCUGGUAAAGUCGGCCAAGGGAUUGGCAAUUUUGGCAAAGGAGUUACCAAGUUCGGUGGACGAGUGGUGGGAGAUUUUGACACGACUCUGCAUAAAGCUGGAACCGAUUUGAAUCGCAACCAGCUGGAUGGAGCGAACAAUGAGCGGAGUCAAAUGCAGGCACGCCCUCGAAAUGACUCAUCUGCCAUCGCAGACGCUCGAGGUAGGAAUUCGUCCAACAGCGACGACACUCUCGGCGGCCCGCAUAUUCGUAUGACCCGUCCGUCUGCAGAUGAACCGCGGUCGACCAUGGAGACCGAAAAGCCGCAAGCGCAGAAAGCACACCGUAAGCCAUGGAAUUUCCUCAAGAACCAAGAUAACAACCUGGUCGUGCCAUCCCCCCAGCCUCAUCAAGCUGAGGGAGAAGACGGCUUCCCGCUUCACCAUGGAGAAAAGUCUCACUCCGAGGACAAGCAGAAAGAUCGGAAGAAGAAAGAUGUGAAGUCCACAGACGAAGAAUACGACUGCGCCUUCGACGAGGAAUGGGAUGAAGACCAAGACGAAGAGCCAUACUGGCGCCGCCACAUCGAGCCCAAGGAUCGCGAAACCAUGCGACUACCCCUGUUCUCACCAGGCUGGUUCCCUGCACUCCCUCUUGUUGGAAAGAAAGUGGACCGGAUCUACCAUUUACGACGCGAGCUGGCUCGUCUCAAUUUGGAGAUCGAGGAGGACCAGAACGACCCGGACAAAUUCCCCUACAUGAACUCGGCUUUCAUCCAAUUCAACCAUCAGAUUGCUGCGCACAUGUGUUGUCAAUCUCUUAGCCACCACAUCCCACAGCAAAUGGCUCCUCGGAUUGUCGAAAUCAGUCCUGACGACGUCAUCUGGGACAACAUGUCCAUCAAAUGGUGGGAACGAUAUCUCCGAACAUUUAUCGUGCUGCUCGUCUGCGCUGGGCUUAUCAUUCUCUACGCCGUUCCUGUGGCUCUGACUGGUCUGAUAUCCAAUGUUGGCCAACUGGCUACCUUCGCGCCUUGGCUCAGGUGGCUCAACGAUGCACCCAAAUGGGUCAUUUCAGCGAUCGAAGGUAUUUUGCCUCCGCUCCUGCUCGCCUUGAUCCUGGCAUUGGUGCCGGUUAUCUUCCGGCUCAUGAUUCAGCAGAAAGGUGUGGCCACUGGGAAUGCAAAAGAGAUGGGCGUGCAAACUUGGUACUUUGCCUUUCUGUUCAUUCAGGUCUUCUUCGUUGUUACGCUAUCCACUGGUUUUAGCGAGUUUGUCAACAACUUUGCCAAUAAUCCGGGAGAGGUGGUGGAGACGUUGGGGAAGACUCUUCCACAAUCGUCCAACUACUUCUUCACCUACCUUACGGUGCAAGCGCUUUCCAACUCUGCCAGCAAUCUCUUACAGACCGGCAGUCUCUUCGGGUGGUUCAUCCUUGCACCACUGCUGGACUCGACAGCUCGGGCGAAGUGGAAGCGCCAAACUGAGCUCAACCGAGUCCAAUGGGGAUCCUUCUUCCCGCCGUUCACCAACUUUGCCGUCAUUGGAAUUAUUUAUUCCAUUUUGUCGCCGCUGAUUCUGGUGUUCAUGCUCCUCAUCUUCGGCCUUUUCUGGAUCGUCUAUCGCUACAACGUCCUCUUCGUCUACCAAUUCAAGAACGACACCGGUGGUCUGCUCUUCCCAGUCGCCAUCAACCAACUCUUCGUCGGCGUGUACUUUCUCGAGGUCUGCUUGAUUGGUAUUUUCUUCACCACCAUCGAGAACGGCACGGUCGUCACUCUACCGCAAGGCAUCAUCAUGAUCCUGGUCCUCGUCGCUACAGUUGGCUACCAAAUCCUCAUGAACUCGGCUUUCAACCCUCUCUUCCAAUAUCUGCCCAUCACCCUCGAAGACGAAGCCGUCAUCCGCGACGAAGAAUUCGCCCGCGCGCAAGCCAGCAAAUUCGCGCCUUUGACACAGCAGGAAGAGCAAGAAGCCGAGGACCCUCGAGACAUACAGGAUGUGCUCGAGAGGAAGGAACGCAACGAACACGACCAGGACGUCGCCGCCGAGGACUCUGAACGCCGCAACAUCGAAGAACACCGUCGUCCCUCGGCUGUGCAUCCGACACCCUCUUCUUCUCCGAAUGAAAAGGCAAAGGCUUGGUACCAUAGAACGGAAGCCACGCCCGCCGCUCUCAACCCGGAGAAGUGGAAACACGUCGGCCCCGAAGCCGUCGCUCGCCUGCGCUACCUCGCCGACGGCAAACCCGUCAAGUCGCAGAACGCCAACAACACCAACGACCCGGAGUCCCAAAAGACCGUCGGCGACGUCCUCUUCGCCGGCUACGCGGACGAAUUGGAAGAUCUCACCCCCGACGAACGCGACUUGCUCGUGCGCUUCGCGUUUCAGCAUUCUGCGCUGAGGGCGAAACGGCCGGUGGUGUGGAUUCCUAGGGAUACGUUGGGGGUUAGUGAUGAUGAGAUUCGGCGGGCGAAGAGGAUGUCUACGGUCAAGCUGGGAGGGGAGGAGAGGGUGAACAUUUGGAUGAGUAAUGAGGGGACUGCGUUGGAUGGGAAGGGGAGGGUGGUGUUUCGGAGGAGUCCGCCGGAUCUUCGGAGUUUGGAUUUGAUUGCGCUGUGA